AAUUAAAGGAUCCAAAAGAAACAGGCCUAUUCAAUGACUUUGAAUUUGAAGAGGAAAUCUUGGAUGAAGCAGAAGGAUUAUUAUCUAAACUAUACAUUUCUGUAAAAAAUAAUGACAAAGAAGAGGAUGUAAUGACAAAACUGCAAAGAAAUCUUGAUGAUGAAGCUUUAAUAAAUAAACAAAAGAAUCUUGUAUGCGACUUGCUGAUAAAAGAAGUAAAUAUCUUCACUAGAACUGUGAGUGAUCUUGGGCAAUCAUUG